AUGGCGGCGUCGACGAGUGGUGGCUGCAGCAUGCGUGUACCAUUGGAUAGAAAAUACCUUGAGACUCUUACCAAUGACAGUCGAAAAAAAUAUCAAGAAAAAUUAAAUUUGAUCAACAACAUUGAUCCUUAUAAUGUCAGCAGUAAUUUCUUUACUGAGUCGAUGGAAAUGUGGCCAAAUAUUGAAUACCCUGAUAUUGUGACAUACUUUUUGUGUUCAACAAGUCGCUAUACGAAAGAGCAAAUAAAAGCUUAUAAGAGCCUGGAAUCCUAUCAGUAUUUUAUAGCAGGAUGGGUGAACCAUUCUCAACGCUUGAAUGAAACUCCAUUAAAGACCUGGGUAGCUGCAGAAGAUGAUGGCAAUAUAAUAACUGCCCAUUGUAAUUGUGUUGCUGGCUUUGGUGAUACAUGCUCACAUGUUGGGGCUUUACUAUUUGCUGUUGAAGCAGAGCCAUUAACCCAACUGUAUUCAGCAGAAUUCAACUCCAUGGGAUACCAAGAAUUGCUAGCCAAAUCAAUUGACAUUUUUCAAAAGAUGAACAUUAGCUUUCAACAGGCAAAAUUAAUUGAAGAGGUUACAAAAAGCCAAAGCAAAUCAUCUUUAUGGUUUCAAAUGAGAGCUGGAAGAAUAACUGCCAGCAAAUUCCACCAGGCUUGUCAUACUGACCCAGCAUCACCAUCUUUAAGUCUCGUUAAGGAAGUAUGUUAUGGCUUAAGUUUUACAUCAAAGGCAACCACAUGGGGAUGCACACAUGAAAAUGAAGCAGUGGGCCAAUACAAGCAGAUUAUGGAACAGCAACAUAAAGAUUUCACCCUCAAGGAGUCUGGUUUUGUAAUCAAUAUUGAUUUUCCGCAUCUUGGGGCAAGUCCAGAUCGUAUUUCCUGUUGCAGUUGCCAUGGUGCAGGGUGUGUGGAAGUGAAAUGCCCUUACUGCUUGAAAAAGUCAUCCCUUACUACAGCAGUUGAAAAUGGUGAGAAGUUUUGCCUUAUAAAAAAUGCUGCAAAUGGACUUAAACUUGACAAGAAGCAUCCAUACUUUUACCAAGUUCAACUUCAGCUUGCUGCUACGAAGUUAAAUUUUGCUGACUUUGUUGUUUGAAACCCCUCAGAAAUUUACAUUGAAAGGGUGCAAUCGGAUGUGUCAUUUCUGACAGAAAAUUUGGCUAAAGCCAAGGAAUUAUACAUCACUGCCAUUCUGCCAGAGCUUCUAGGAAAAUGGUUCACUAGGCCAGAUGUUAUGUUAUUCCUUCUGGACAAAACUUGUAUUGUUACUGUAGGAUUGAGCUCACUGAAUCGCUUGACUUAGAAUGUAAAAGUUCAACUUGUGUUUUUCGCAAGUUUCAUAUGAAAUGCUGUGGGUUGUCUAGGAAACCUAGAAGUAAGAUCUGGUUAUGUCCUGAUUGUAAACGAAAGAAGAUGUCAGAUUUAGCAUCUC